AAUUGACUUAUUGACCACAAAAAUUGAUAAAAGAACCGGGUCCGAGACGCUAAAUUCGCCGUUGAGUAGUAGCAGUAGAAGCAAAGCUCCGACGCCAUGUCCACUGACUUCCAAUCCAUCCCUCUUAUCGAUAUUAGUCCUCUUGUGGAGAAAUGGGACGAUUCGAACAUGACACAAGAUGAUGGAGUGAUGGAAGUUGUUCGACAACUCGAUAAAGCUUGCAGAGAAGCUGGAUUCUUCUAUGUGACAGGCCAUGGUAUUUCCAUCUCUUUAGUCAAAGAGGUGAGAAAAUUGGCCCACAAAUUUUUCAGUCUACCAUACGAGCAAAAGUUGAAUAUUAAAAUGACCGCAGCAACUGGAUACAGAGGAUAUCAGCGAGUUGGUGAAAAUGUGACCAAAGGCAUUCCAGAUAUGCAUGAAGCUAUUGAUUGUUACAGAGAAUUGGAACAAGGGAUGUAUGCAGCUCUAGGGGAUCCACUGGCAGGUGGUAACCAAUGGCCAGUUGAUCCUCCAAGUUUUAAAGAAGUAAUGGAGGAAUAUAUCAGCCUAUGCACAGCCUUGUCUAGGAAAAUUAUGCGAGGGAUUGCUCUAGCCUUGGGUGCAUCUUUGGAUGAAUUAGAGGGUGGAAGAGCUGGAGAUCCAUUUUGGGUGUUUCGUAUUAUUGGUUACCCUGGUGUAUCCAGUAUAGAUGGGCUACAUGGGCCUAAUAAUGACGUUGGCUGUGGAGCUCAUACAGACUAUGGUUUGUUGACAUUGGUUAAUCAAGAUGAUGAUAUCACUGCAUUACAGGUGAGGAACCUGUCUGGUGAGUGGAUAUCAGCAGUUCCUAUCCCGGGUACAUUUGUCUGCAACAUAGGUGAUAUGCUGAAGAUUCUAUCAAAUGGAAUAUACGAAUCAACUUUGCAUCGGGUUGUGAAUAGCUCUCCAAAAUAUCGAGUUUGUGUCGCUUAUUUUUACGAGCCAAACUUCAACGCUGCCAUUGAACCCCUGGAUAUAUGCACGAAUGGCGCUGGUGGAACUAAGAAAUAUGAGCCAGCUGUUUAUGGGAAGCAUCUUGUUAGUAAAGUCCUAACCAACUUUGUGAUGUAAUGAUGUGAAUCUUUCUUUUCUUCUCUUCCCUUUUUCCUAUUAAUGAUGUGAAUCGUAAUACUGUUGUUCAGUAUUAGCAUAGAGAAUUGGUCAAAUGGGGAUUAUUUUUUUUAAAUACUUUUUUAGUUUGUAAUAAGGAGGAAAAUGAAAGUUUUCCUCCACGCCCGUGUUUCGAAUGAAGUGUGAAGCAAGUUUAUUUAUAUUUUAAUUCAAAUUUCAAGUAUAA